AUGGGCUGCUUGAAGAAGACCCUGUCUUUCCUUCUUAUUUUUGUGUCCAUAUAUGCACGGGGAACUCUGUUGCAGGAAGCUGACCCAGUUAGGCAAAGAAAACCAUUUUUUGAGAGGCUACGUCGACUAGAAGAGCAGUUUCAGAGAUUCCAACAGGUGACCUUAACACACCUGCAGGACAUUGCUAACAACUAUAACGUGUACUACAAUGUGGAUGCCCGCUUCCAGAGCCUGGUGGAAGAGAGCCAGGCCAUAGCCCUAGCGGUGAACCAGUCUCAAGCCGCCAUACAAGAGGACGUGGCCCACCUAAAAACUUGGUUUACGAAGAGCCAGCGCAGGAGCAAGAAGGUGGAUGCCCAGCUUCAAGCCUUGAACCUCUCCCUGAGCACAAACAGCAGGCAGUGGGUAGAGGAGGAAAGGGAGCAGAAGGCACAGAGAGAGGCUACAGCAAACCUGGCCCUGGGCCUUAGGGCCCUGCAGGAUGCGCUAGCCAGCCUGACACAGCAAGUCCACAGCCAGGAGGCCAGGCUUGCUGCUCUUGAGGGACAGAUGCAAAGGGCCUCCCCUGGUGCUGCGGCUCUGGAGUUGACUACAGACCUGACCCCCACUCAGCUUACUCAGCGAGGCCCAGGUUCCUUGCAACUGAGGAGAAAGAGCCAGACAUCCAGGGCUUCACUCCACCGCGGGAGUUCCCCCCAAGACUUCACUGUCCGUGUCCAGAAGACACAGAAGUUCCAAGCCCCAAGCAGCCACCAAGCAGCUCCACCAAAGACCCACCAAGGACCAGGAAACAUUUGCAGCACGGGCCCAGUGCUAAUUUUCCCCAACGCCUCCACUGAAAAUGUGAUUUUUCUUAGCCCGGGCUUCCUCGUGCCAUUACGAGCUCUGUCCUUCUGCAGUUGGGUUCGCAUGGCCUCCGGCCACCUGGGCACCCUCCUUUCCUAUGCCACCAAAGACAACGACAACAAGCUAGUACUCCAUGGCCGAGACACCCUGGUCCCUGGCUCUAUCCACUUUGUAAUCGGCGACCCGGUCUUCAGGGAACUGUCCCUGCGUCCACUCCUGGACGGCCAGUGGCACCAUGUUUGUAUCAUCUGGACAUCCGUGGAGGGCAGGUACUGGCUCCACGUAGACCGAAGGAUAGCAGCUACUGGUGCCCACUUCAGAGAGGGCUAUGAGAUCCCUCCUGGAGGGUCCCUUGUGCUGGGUCAGGAACAAGACACCAUGGGGGGUCAGUUUGACAGCUCUGAGGCCUUUGUGGGGAGCAUAUCUGGCUUGGCCAUCUGGGAUCGGGCACUGGCCCCUAGAGAAGUGGCAAAUCUUGUCACUGGGAAAGAGCUUCCGACAGGUGUCAUUCUGACGCUGACCAAUGCCACAUCCGUGGGUGGAUUCGUGCAGAGGGCCAACUGCACCUGUCUGGAGCAGUGUCCAUAAGGCUGCCACGCACGGCUGCAUCACAGUAAAGACCAGCAGGAAGGGCAAGCCUCGGCGUCAACGCAUUCCAAAGCACUCCCUGCGGUCACUGUGGGUCUGUGCGCUUGGGCUCAGACCUAGACUCCUGCAUGGAGGUUGGGAGGAGAUGGAAAAUGUGCAGUGGACACUGCAACUUUCUGUUGCUGUGGAACCCUUCUUUCAUUUGGUUGGGUUUUGGGGUUUUGUUUGUUUAUUGAUUUCUGAGACAGGGUCUCACUCUGUGGUCCUUAUUGGUCCAGAACUUG